CGCGAUCUAUCCACGUGGUGAGCAGGGUAGGUCCGCCUACCAUAGCUACAUUGCGGUAGCAUCGCCAUAGAUGGACGCGUCUGAUGAUCAUGCAUGAGUAUGAGUAUAAUUGCGCACUUAUAACACUGAGAGUGCAGCUCUCUGUGGGGUGCCUAUAUAUAAGUUGCACGCAUGUCACUGAUUAGUGCCGCGAAGGUAGGGCUUUCGUACCUCUUGACGGAGGGGAAAGCACAACUUCAAAAACCGAGACGAGCGCUCUGCGCGAUGACUGUGCAGGACCAUCAGAAAGUAAUUUUUGUUGCGGCGAUUUUUCUUAAAGCUCGAGUCCACUGAGCAGCGUUGCUAAAAGUCAAACGCGAAAAUAAAUAAUACGCAGGAGUUCGACAAGAAGCUGGGGCAGAAGUUGGCGGAGAUUCGUGAGCGCUCUCCGCGCCGGAGAACCUGGGCUGAGAGCAUCAAAAAGUCCGUUUUCGGUUGAGGUUGAAGGCUAGUAGAUUUCUGUCUUAGCACAAUGGUCCAGGACCGUUGGGUGCAAACAAGUGCUGAGUGAUGGGCUGUGUUUUGUGAUGUGGCCAAUUGGAACACACACAUGAGCAGUGGAAGCCCAUGCUUCUUUCGUAAAAGUACUGGAACACAGGUCCCCGCCCCAUAAUAACUAGCUGCUGGCGAGUUUUGAAGUGUGAAAAAGAUUAAGAGUUGAAGAAGUAGGCCCUCCUGUCAGCUUUUAAAAGUGUUGGCAGGAAUUUGUGUAAAGAUGUCGGAAGCCUGUUCUAGUUUGCCACAGGCUGAAGAUUUUCCUAAGUUUAUCCAUGACGACAAACAUCGAAGUUUCGGCUUGAGAGAUGUAGUGCCGUCCUACAUGGAUAGUUUAAUUGCUUUCUUGAAAACCAGCUCGUGCGAGUCGUUGGAGUACAAGAGUAAGAGAGUUGCAGCGCUUCUCAUGCGUAUCGUAGAAGAAACAGAGGGUGAGGAGAUUGAGAUACAUGAGAAGCUGGCAGAUCAUCUGAAGAAAGUAUACGAGGGCAAGCGUUUUGCUUAUCUCCGCCGUUUACUUUCCCUCGCGGUUGACGAAGCGGGGGGUGCUUAUAAGGCACGCAAGGCCCAGAUCAUGGGCAUCAUACAGAAGUUGACUCUGGGUUUUAGGCAAGACGCCGUGCUACCGGCGUCGGGCUUCUGGAUGCCUCUACCCAGUGACAAAAUAAAGGAGUCGGCUAAGGUGAUGCAGCUGCAGAAGGAGUUAAAUCAGGGCACGAGCGAGACCUGCUGCCCGACGAGGAACCACUGGGCCACUGACGCGGAGAUCGUAGAACUCCACAAACAAAUGUUGAAACAGGUUGGCCUUGGAAGGUGGAGAGUGGUGCCGAACGACACAAAACUACCGAUGGGGGCCUCGUUGGCGUUCCCGGUCAAGCAGCCCACCGAAGAUGAUCCGAACCGCGCCAGGUGUUGUAUAGAUUUUAGAUCCCAAAAUCGCAGCAUAGUACCGGUGGAGCGCAUGCGUCUAAAUGGGGCCAGGUGCACGAUGGCCAUCAUCCAGCGUUGCAUGUCGAGCCGCCGCAAUGAUCCAGUUCGUUUCCAGUCGAAGAAAGAUUUAUUGGCAGACAUGGACGAGGAGCGACGGCUGCGGGCUAUCAUCGAGAACAACAACCUGCACCAGAAUAAGUCGCAGCGGAUCUUUGCGCAGCCCGAUGACAACUCCGACAGGCUCUAUUUUCAAAGCAGCGACAACAAAGAGGACGAGGAAGGCUCUGAGCCUGAGGACGGGUUUUGCUUCCGCCCGUAUGGUGCGAAGCGGGACCUGCGGUCCUUUUAUUACCAGUGUGGCACCCGUGAAGAAAUUAAAAAUGCUGUUUUCUUCCCGGUGCCGCAGACGGAGCCUGAGAAACCGGAGACGCCAAGAAAACGGGGCCGAAACGGGAAGCCGGUCCGACCCCGACAUGCCUGGGCUUUGAUACUCAGCGCGGUGCAACUGUUUGGGAGUCUAUCGAGCGUUUAUGAAUGCGUCUCGGUAAGCGAGACGCUUCAAAUAAUCUGUUGCUGUUUGCUUAGAGUUUUAGUUAGUAUCUACAUUGAUGAUCUUCACAUUUUAAGUAGGAAGAGGCAGCUAGCCUCUGAUGAAGUUUUAGUCGAUCUGAUGCUGGCCCUCGGUGGGUGGUGGCAAAGCUCCGAAAAAGGGGCCACGCAGCUUGACGCCACUCAGAGGGCGCUGACGGUGUUGGGCAUGG